UGACGCAUUGGACUAUUUGUUCUAUUUAAGUUAACAAGAAAAUAUUUGGAUUCCAUUCCCAAGUGGGGACACAUCGCACACAAUACUUUGUUUGCUCUAAUUUCCAAUGGUUGACAACGUUUUAAUGUUUCAUUGGUCUAUGACAUAGGCAAUAGGAAAAGAGUCAACAACAAGCACAAGUGCAAUGGAGAGAACAGAAGGAGAAAGAGAAGGUGUGGAACCUCUUUAUCAAAGUCAAGUGUUGAUUCAGCACACUCUUGAAAAGAAGAUGAGAACAUGUCUGGUGGGAGAUGUUGCCGAGGUGGACACACUAGUGAACCUCAUCAGCACCCCCCAAACUGACACUGACACAUUCGAGCACAGAAUGAGCUUGACCCGAGGACAAAUGACCGAGACACAGAGAUCAAUGGAGGAGGAGGUCGAGGUAUCCGACCUGAUGGAGAUAGAAGGAUACUUAACCGUUCUUGAGCAGCGAUGUGAGAAUCUAGGUUGGCUUCUGAAAGACCAGGAGGUUUUGCAUGGAAUGGAUCUUAGGGCUGUUGAACGGGAGAGGGAGCAGGAGAGAGCAGAGUGGGAGAGACAGAUGAGGGAAAGGGACGAAGACCUAUUGGCAUCACUGAUGACUGUAGCUAUUAGCAGAGAAAGGGUGAUAUCAGACCUGAGGAAGAGACAGGGCAUGGGUGGGGCCGUGAGGAAUCUACCAGCAUGUAGUCUACCUGAGAGAAUCCGGAGAUGGUUCUCCUCCCGUCUUUCCUGCAUGAAUGUGAGAGGCCGAGGGUCACCUAGCGUUAACCCCAGCACCUGCAGUGGAGGCAGAACUGCGGGCUCAGCAGGAAUCAGCCAGCUUUGGAAUAAUGCUCACAGAAUGUAUGAGGUGAGUGUGAGAGGCAUCCAAGGGGCAGUCAGAGCAAGAGAUCUGAAGAGGAUUGCUAAACUGGAGGAAAGGGUCAGGAGAACUGAGAAAAAUAACCUGGGGGUUAAAGAGAUGGCAGAAGAAAAGGCUUAUAAAGCAGGAAAGGACAUCAACUUCAGUGGAGAUUUGAGAUUAAAUGUUCUGAUGGGCGAUGAGGACAUGGAGGUGAUUACAGAAGGAUUCGGGACAGGUUAACCUGCUUCUUGUCAUCUCUGAUGUCUUCCUUCAGGUGUAGAAAAGAGGCCAAAGAAACCUGAUGUCAAAGAAACCUGUCUAAGGAAUGAAAACCUCCAACAAUGCAUAAGUGAAUAAACCAUGAAUUGUUUCUCUAA